AUGGCUUCCAGUUCUUCUCUAAGAAGCUCUUCCUUGUUCCUAGAAGCGACGAUCAAAGAUAUAAAACAAAGUUUUGAGAGAAACCGACUCACCUCAAGGCAACUUGUCCAGUACUAUCUCAGAGAAAUCGCCAGGCUCAAUGGGCUCCUUAAAGGAAUCAUAGAAGUGAACCCUGAUGCAUUGCUUCAAGCUGAUGCUGCAGAUAAAAAGAAGUGUAAAGUAAAUGGUUCACUGCCUGACUUGCAUGGUAUUCCCAUUUUGCUCAAGGAUAACAUUGCUACAAAAGAUAAGCUGAACACCACGUUUGCAUUGCUCGGGUCAGUCGUGCCCAGAGAUGCAGGGGCAGUGGAGAAACUGAGAAAAGCUGGAGCAAUCAUUCUGGGUAAGGCUAGCUUGAGUGAGUGGGCUAAUUUUAGGUCAACUACUGCACCCAGUGGCUUUAGUCCAAGAGGUGGCCAGGGAAAGAAUCCUUAUGUCUUGUCUGCAACUCCGUGUGGGUCAAGUAGUGGAUCAGCAAUAUCAGUGGCUGCAAACUUGGUAACAGUAUCAUUAGGGACUGAGACUGACGGUUCCAUCCUAUGUCCCUCCAGUUUUAACUCAGUGGUGGGCCUAAAACCUACAGUUGGUCUCACCAGAGCCGGGGUCAUUCCAGUUACUCCAAGACAGGACACCAUUGGGCCUAUCUGCAGGACAGUGUCGGAUGCUGUUUAUGUUCUUGAUGCCAUUGUAGGGUUCGAUUCUAAUGAUGAAGCAACUAGAUAUGCGUCGUACUAUAUCCCACCUGGCGGCUACAAACGAUUCCUUAACCCCUGUGGGCUCAAAGGAAAGAGAUUGGGGAUAGUGAGAAAUCCAUUUUUCAAAAUUGCUCAAGGAUUGGGGUUGGCUCAGACUUUUGAGAACCAUUUACAUACACUAAGGCGACAAGGUGCCAUUGUUGUAGACAAUUUACAAAUAGCCAACAUUGAUGUUAUAUUAAAUGUCACCGCAAGUGGUGAAGCAGUAGCCAUCGUAGCAGAGUUCAAAUUGUCCUUGAACGCCUACCUCAGGGAGUUAGUGGCUUCCUCGGUGCGAUCACUGGCAGAUAUUAUAGCUUUCAACCUGAAAUUCCCUGAUUUGGAAUUGACAGAUAAAAUAGGCCAAGAUAUCUUCUUGGCAGCCCAAGCCACAAAUGGGAUUGGUGCUCAAGAGAAGGCAGCAUUAGCAAAUUUGGAAAAUCUUUCAAAAAAUGGGUUGGAGAAGUUGAUGAGAGAUUACAAGCUAGAUGCAGUGGUGAUCCCAAGGGCAGAUGCUUCUUCUGUUUAUGCAAUUGGAGGGUUCCCAGCAAUUAUUGUCCCAGCUGGAUAUGAUAGCCAAAGGGUGCCUAUUGGCAUUUCAUUUGGGGGACUGAAGGGAUCGGAGGGCAAACUAAUUGAGAUCACAUAUGCCUUUGAGCAAGCUACUAAGAUUAGGAAACCUCCUCCGUUCAAACCUUGAAAAAUCAAAUAGAAAUAUGCCACUUAUUCAACCUAUGAAAUAAACUACUUAUUCUGAAUUAA